AAACCUACCAAACCGUCCGAAAACUGGCAAUUCGGGUCAGUUUUGAAGGAUAGAUCAGUUCGGAUCAGGUUGAAAAUUUUUUAACCCGAACCGACCAAAAUCAGAAGAAUGGCGAGACUUCUCAUCUCUCUCUUUUCUUCUCACACUUUCCGACUACGGAGGUCUGCGACAUCAUCACCAUCACCGCCGAAUCGCCGCCUCAACUUGCCGCCUUGCUACCUCAACUCGCCACCUCUUCAGUCUUCAUCAUCAUUCACCUCAUCAUCAUCGCCAUCUGAAACCUCUUCGAGCAAAGAUCUGAGAGAAACCCUUACUCUCUUCCUCUAUUCGUUUCUUCAUCAUGGCCGAACCAUCUCAAGAUCCAUCUCCUAUUUUGGAGACACCGAUAGUGAAGGGGGAAAAUUCGCGAAGGAGAUUUCAAUUAAUCCACACCCAACAACGAUCUAAAGACAUGAUGAUGAUGAAUAUAAGAAGCUUGUGCAAGCUAGGUCGACUCAAGGAAGCUCUUCAAUCUCUCUACCCUAACCCUGCUUCUUCAUCUUCAUCAUCAUCAAACUCUGUCGCUGCCGCGGCUGUCUACUCAUCUAUCCUCCAAUUCUGCAUUGAUUCCAAUUCAAGACAAGAGGGUCUCACUCUCCAAACUCAUCUUACAGUGAUUGGCUACUCCCCAGAUUUGCACUUGAGCACCAAAUUUAUCAUCUUUCACUCUAAAGUCACCGCCGACUUGGCUUCUGCUCGCAAGAUGUUCGAUGCAAUGCCUCAAAGGAGCAUCGUCUCAUGGACUGCCAUGAUUUCAGGCUAUGCUCAGAAUGGUUUCUCAGAAGAUGCCUUGCACUUGUUCUCUUUGAUGCAUUGCGGCUCUGGUUUCUCUCCCAAUCAAUUCACUUUUGGUGCCACUCUCAGCGCUUGUACUAGAAUGGAUGCCUUUGGAAUUGGGCAGCAAAUCCAGGGAUGCGUUGAGAAGAGUAGAUUUUCCCAAGAUAUCUUUGUUCAGAGUGCUCUUCUAGAUUUUCAUUUGAAGUGUGGGUCGGUUGAGGAUGCCCGCUGUCUUUUUCAGAGAAUGGGAAGGAGGGAUGUCAUCUCUUGGAAUUUGGUGAUCGGAGGACAUGGAAUUAGAGGCUUAGGGGAUGAUGCAUUAGGACUGUUCUGCUCCAUGCUAAGAGAUGGCUUUCUUCCAGAUCAUUUCACUUUUGCAAGUGCUCUGAAGGCAUACAGUUGUACUAAAGCUCUAAGCAAUGUGAAUCAGACGCAUGCUUUCAUUAUAAAACUGGGAUAUGGGAAUCACGAUGUUGUCACCGGAUCACUGAUAGAUGCCUAUGCAACAUGUAGGAGGAUACACAAAGCAAAGAUUCUGUAUGACUCAAUGCUCAAACAUGAUCUGAUAUCCUGCACGGCCUUAAUCAAUGGUUACUCAUCAGAGAGAACCUCUUAUAGGGAGGCAUUGAACCUUUUCCGUGAGAUAAAUAAAACAGGUAUGACAUUGGAUGAUGUCAUCCUCUGCUCCAUGAUCAAUAUAUGUGCCAAUGUUACUUCAUUAAGCUUAGGAAGACAAAUUCAUGCAUGUGCUCUCAAGAAACAACCUAUCCUUGAUGUAGCCUUUGGAAAUGCUCUCAUCGACAUGUAUGCCAAGACAGGAGAGCUUGAGGAUGCUCAUCAAGCUUUUGACGAGAUAGAAGAUAAAAAUAUAAUAUCAUGGACUUCAUUGAUCACCAGUUACAGUAAACAUGGCUAUGGCGAAGGUGCAAUUACCCUCUUUGUUAAGAUGGAGGAUGAUGGAGUGAGACCAAAUGAUGUUACUUUUCUUUCACUUCUCUUUGCAUGCAGUCAUUCUGGAUUGAUUACCGAAGGGAUAAAUUUCUUUAGUCUAAUGAUGAGCAAGUAUCAUAUCCGUCCUAGAGUUGAACACUACUCAUGUGUCAUUGAUCUACUUGCACGUGGAGGUCUACUGGAAGACGCUUAUAAUCUGGCAUGUAAUAUGGAUGCUAUGCCCAACUUAUCACUUUGGGGCUCUUUGCUUGGGGCUUGUAGUAUACAUGGAAACACAUCCCUCGGAAGAAUUACUGCAGCAAAUCUUUUUCAGUUAGACCCUGAAAGAUCCGUGAACUAUGUUGUUCUUGCUAAUAUUUAUGCCGCAGCAGGGCUGUGGGAGGAUGCAAAGAAGACAAGGAAAUUGAUUGAAGAAAGAUCUGUGAAGAAAAUUGUGGGUUGUAGCAUUAUAUAUUCCAUGUGGAUUAUAUUUGUAUCACCUCCUGCUGACUUCUGUAUAUCUGCUUUUAUAUUUAGAUACAAGGCAAAGGCAAAGGUAGUUAGGGACAGAAAAGGUGAAAUUUAUGGAGCAGCAUCAUGGAAUGUCUUGGCAUUGACAACUCUUCUGGACUAUAUCCGCAAGAGCAAGAAUCUGCCAAAUUACACUCGCAUGGCAGCAUCUGAAGCUGGCGGCAUUACACAAUGUAUUGGAGCAUGUAAGGUCCUUGUUCCUGUCGAUGGAAAGCUCCAGCCCUGUGUUUCUCUUGACACACCAGGGCCUGAGAUAGACAAAGACGGAGCUAAUCCUGACAGGGUUAUGCAAGAAAUUUCCUCAGUCGGCCUCAUGCCAGAACUGUGGGGUGGUGACAUCCCUAGUGUUCGGAUUAGCGCUCUUAAAGGAAAUAAUAAUGUGGACGAGCUGUUGGAAACUGUUAUGCUUGUUGCAGAAGUAAAUGAAUUAAUUUCAGUGCCAUAUAAUGGGGACAGAGAUAGAGGCAGGGGAGGGCACGUUGUUGAAGCUGGUCCCUCAAUGGCUGUGCAGGUCAUUGGCUUGAGUGGUGUUCCUAUUGCUGGUGAUGAAUUUGAGGCCGUAGAUUCUUUAGAUGUUGCUCGGGAAAGAGCUGAAACAUGCGCUGUAUCAUCACGGGAUACAAGGAUAUCCGCAAAGGCUGGGGAGGGGAAGGGUUCAAUUGAAGCAAUCAGGAAUGCUCUUCAAGUACUCCCCCAGGAUAAUGUAACUUUGAAAUUCCUCCAAGUUCGAGGUUCGGUUAAGAGCUAUGCAAACAAAAAGAAUGUGGAUAUUAGACUAUGUAGAGCCAUCUAUGAACUUACUGAUGAAAUGAGGAGUGCAACGGAAGGACUUUUUGAGCCUGUUAAGGAACAAAUAUAUAUAGGAGCAGCAUAUUUCCGAGCCACUUUCAGCAGUGGCAGUGGGCAUGUGGCUGGAUGCAUGGUCUUUGAAGCAAGAGUGAUAAAAGAAUGUGGUAUUUGUCUUGUUCGAAAUGGAAAGACAGUUCACAUGGGGAAGAUUGAUUUUUUACGCUGGGUGAAAGAAGAGGGGCGCGUGCCGGUUUCCUCCGGCUUACAUGGACUCGCGAGGCCUGCGUCGCCAACGAGGCUCUGCGUACUGCGCCGCCCUGCUCAACGCGGGCGGUGGACUGGCGAGUUCGUGCGGCUGGGGGUUCAGACCCAUUCUUUGGUCGUGCGGUCUGGGUACCACUCUAACGUCUCGGUUGGAAACAGCCUGAUUGAUUUUUACGGCAAGGCUCAUCUGGUGAGCGAGGCGAGGUCAGUGUUUGACGAGAUGCGACGGAGGGACGAGGUCUCUUGGUGCUCCAUGAUCGUGAUCUACGCACAGAACGGGCUGGAGGAAGAUGCGUUCGGGACCUAUCUGAGAGGGAGGAGAGACCACGAAGGGUUGGUGCCCACCGACUUCAUGCUCUCCAGUAUACUAACGACGUGUUCUGGGCUGUCGGGGCUGGAUCUUGGCAGGGCGGUGCAUGCCGUUGCCGUGAGGUCCUGCGUCGAUCGCAACAUCUUCGUCGGGAGCUCACUGGUCGAUAUGUAUGGGAAAUGCGGGAGUGUUGUAGACGCGGAGGCAGUCUUCAACGGGCUGCCCGAGCGGAAUCUGGUGACCUGGAAUUCUAUGAUCGGAGGGUUUGCGGCUCAAGGGAAUCCUGGUCUGGCACUGGAAUUGUUUGGAGAGAUGCUGAGGGGAAGAAUGACGCCCAACUACGUGACUCUUGUCUGCGUGAUAUCCGCGUGCGCGAGGGGAGGGAGGAUGACGGAGGGUCUAGAGCUGUUUGAAACGAUGAAAGAGAGGUUCGGAAUUGAGCCGAGGACGGAGCACUAUGCGUGCGUGGUGGAUUUGUUAGGGAGGGCAGGGAUGGAGGAGAGGGCGUUAUGAGCUGCCAUUCAAAGGAAUUUGCCGAUGACUGGCCCCCCAGCGUUGCCGUUGUGGGUGGAAGCGCUCCUUGGCGCUUGCAGGGUCCAUGGGAAGAUGGAGCUCGGGAGGAUCGCGGCCGAGAAAUUGUUCGAGGUCGAUCCCAUGGAUUCUGGAAAUCACGUGUUGCUGUCUAACAUGUAUGCCUCGCGUGGCAGGUGGGAAGAAGCGAACGACGUGAGGAAGGAGAUGAAGGGCGUAGGGAUCAAGAAGGGUGCCGGCUGCAGCUGGAUCACUUGGAAAAACGUGGUCCACGUCUUCCAAGCGAAAGACACGUCCCACGAGCGGAACGCCGAGAUACAAGCAAUGCUAGCAAAGGUCAAGAGAGACAUGCAGGCUGCUGGUUAUGUGCCUGACACCAGCUUUGCCCUCUACGAUCUCGAAGAGGAGGAGAAGGAGUCUGAGGUUUUUCAGCACAGUGAGAAGCUCGCCCUUGCCUUCGGUCUCCUUUGCAUUCCCGAUGGGCUCCCCAUCAGGAUCAACAAGAACCUCAGGGUCUGCGGAGAUUGCCACAGAGCUAUAAAGUUCAUAUCGGGUAUUGUUGGAAGAGAGAUCAUCGUGAGGGACAAUAACAGGUUCCACCACUUCCGGAGUUACCAGUGUUCGUGUGGGGACUAUUGGUGAUGAUGGCACGGCAUUUAAUUUAAUUUAUUUAUUUCACAGAAUUAUCUUUUAAUCUCCUUGCUCUGCAUUUACGAGUGAGCUUCUUUUUUUUA